CCACAGCAUUUAAAAGCAAAACCGACAAACAAAACGGUAAAUUGUAAAAAAAAUAAAUAAUUCAUCCUGAGGAAGGGAGGGUAUGAGCAUUUUUCGUGAGCAUUUCGUUGAAAAAAAAUGUCGGAGCUCCAAACAAGCAUGAUGGUGAAGAAGCUUUCUGUCAACAAGAACAUCAAGAAGCUGCGUAAGGUCAGCCUUGUGUGCAGAUUAGCCAACAGCUGGCAACAUUGGAUUUCAGAGAACAAGGAGAAGCAGGCCAGCGAGCCCUCUGGCUGGACUCCUGAAUCAGACAAGCAUGUGUCACGAGGACAAGGGAGAGCGGGGCCUUCAGAGAAGAGGGCCCGGCCGAGUCAGAGCACAACCGCCACCACUUCAGCCCCCACCAGCACCACAUCUCCUCCCCUGGAGCCCAUCGCCAAGAUCCCAGAAGACGAAAAUGUCCCUGAGGAAUCCACGAUCAAAAGCAAGCAGGUGGUUACGUCAGUACCAAGCAGCGUCCAGGAGAAAGAGAGGGGUGUUGGGCUCCUCUCUAAUCAUUACAGCAAAGACGCAGACGAGGUAGACCGGAUACUGAACGAAAAGAGCUCCCCGACCAGACGGAAGAAGUGCCAGAACUUGGUGUCAGAACUGACCAAGAGCUGGAAGGAUGUGGAGGAGCAGCAGAAGGCAACACAAGAUCUGGAAGGACAGGGAGCUCAGGGUGUCAACACAGACGACAGUGGCUUCUCAGAGGAAAAUAGCCUAGAGACCGGGGCUGCCUCAGCUACUCCAGUUCAGACAGAAAACCCAGACCAAGAGAGAUUGAAAGAAAGCAGUAGAGACACAGUUGACCAAAUGUCAGAGCCAGAGUGCCCUGCAAGGAUCAAAAGACCCUCCACCACAAGGAUAAACAAGGAUAUUGAUGAGGUUAAAAAGAUCAGUGUUCUCUCCAAGAAGUAUAGCCCUGUGGGCAACCUGAAGAACAAGUGGCAGAACUGGGCCUCAGACCAUGCCAUCACCCAGAAGCUGAAUCCAUUCAGCGAUGACUUUGAUUACGGAUUCUCCAUGUCCACACGGCUCCAAAAAGGGCAGGAGGGCUACGGGCGGCCGAAGGAAGGGACCAAGACAGCCGAGAGGGCCAGGCGGGCUGAGGCCCACAUCCAUCGCGAGAUCGACGACAUGUGCUUUAUCAUCCGGACAAUGAACGACCCGGACCAGGACGGCCAGACACGGGUCACCUUCGGGGAGCUGUUUGACACAUAUGUGAGAAUCUCGGACAAAGUCGUGGGCAUCCUUAUGAGAGCCAGGAAGCACGGGAAGGUGGCUUUCGAAGGUGAGAUGCUGUGGCAAGGCCAGGACGACCAUGUGAUCAUCACACUGCUAGUUUGAUUGGGGAAAAUCUGAUUGGUAUUGUCUGGCAAGUGAUCCUUGCAUGUUUUCCCAUAAAAAUCCUUACUUAAGUGAGGAAAGAUGGAACAAAAGGAGCCAGAAAUGUGCUGCUAUAAGUAAUUGGAGUCAUUCAUAUUAGAAAAUCAGUACUGCAUUAUUAAUAAGAUGACAACUCUGAGCUCACAUUUUUUAGUCGAAAGGUGUUGCUGGGGAUGUGCAUUGAUGUUUGUAUUAUUGCUAAUUUAUUUAAAAAUCAGACUGAGUGAGGAACAUGUUUAGCAUCACAAUAACUCUUUGUUACGUUUGAUCUUGUGGCACUUUCUUUCCCUUGCAUGUUGGAGGUAGCCAUUGCUAAUAUCCGUCAAAGGUUUACAGAAUGUAGAUUUUCAUUUGUAGAACGCCAUAUCUUAUCAAAAACGUGUUUCACGGAAAUGCUCCUCUGAUAGCGCAGAGAUGGAAGCAGGCUCCAAGAAGACUCUUCCAUGAUCACACCCAGCCUUUAGAUGUUUAGAGAUAAUGAGAUGAUUGAAUGAUAUAGAUUUUCAGGCCAUGAAAGGUUCUUCAACGUUUGUGACAGAAAUGUUAGGUCAGUCACUAAGAGGAGCAUGACCUUACAGCCUCACUUCAAGUGUCCCCUCACAAAAAUAGGAUGGUAUGGCUACAUAGUUUUAUAUAUUUUUUAUUAAUUCAUUGAACUAAUUCAGCCCAUUUUGAGCAUACAGUGCAGUCCAUACUCAUUUUGACACUUUUGUAACAUUUUUAUUUUACAACAUAGGCUUACAAUUCUAAUUUGAUCUGACUGCAAGGUUAAUUUUCCACCCCUUCGAUACCUCUUGACAUCUUGGCUUCUAACACAUGUGGCCAGCCCAUGUAGAGCUGAGGGGUGCUACAAUGCUGUGCACAAAAACAAAACUACAAUACAAAACCAACAAGAGAUAGGCAGAUGAGAAUGAUAACUGAUUGCUGAUACAUAAAGGCUCUUGGUUAUGUCUUGCAAUUGCGAUUUCUACUUGAAAUGAUCAAAGAAGUGCAGAUCGCAUCGUGCAGAUCUCACCUUGCAUGUCACAACUUUCGUGAAAUGAGUCCAAGUACUGCAAACACAUCUAAUGCCCGAAAGAUAUCCAGCUCAAAAUUGAGUAGAUAUGCUAAGAAGAACAGCAGGGAAGUGGAGAUACUGUUCCAAAACAAACAAAAAAUAAUCAAGGGCAGGGUAUAUGGUAAGACAAAUGACUGUAUGUGUUCUCCUGCAUUUUGUAGUCCAAUUGUAGGUUAUUGGCUGCUACAUUUGCUCGUUUUCAUGAAUGUUUUGUUUAUUAGUCCAAAUGUUUUUUUCCCGCAACAAAAUGAAAAUGUGAUAUUUAUAAAGUUUAUAACUAUUCAUAUUAGGCGGUUUUAUUGUAGCCUGUACUACUUGAAUAUAUUUUGUCAGACUUAAAACAUUUAUACAAAAUGCAUUGAAACAGAGAUGGAAGAAGAAAGGAGAUGCUAGUCAUACAUAUGGCAAAAUAUUGUGGUGGGUUCUGGGGCUGUUAUGUUUCCACCAUAUCAGGCAAUUUUGGCUGACGCUGGGUACCUCUACCACAAGGCUGAUACUUCGCCGUAGGUGGACUUUUUACCAAGACAAUGACCCAAAGCAUACCUCAAAAUCCACACAGAAAUUGUUCUGUGACAACAAAAUCUAUAUUCUGCAGCGGCCACCUCAGGCAAUAGGCCUCAAUCCUGAACUGAAGAGGGCAGCUGUUAAGCACAAAUCCAAGAAUGUGAAGGAUCUGCAUAGAGGAAAGGUCAAAAAUCUUUCCAAAUAUUUGCCAGAGGUGGAUGCACUAAACCAGGGCUGCCAAUAAUUAUUGAUUUUGGUGAAAUCUAUUUAUUAAAUUAAUUUGAUUUUGCUUAGUUCCAUUGAAACGUGAAUAAAGUACAGCAUUUUUCACAUGUUCAGCAUUUUGAGUUUCUUUCAGUAAUCAUAUUGUUGUUUAUUUUUUCUUGUUUUUUUGUUUUUUGGGUUGGGCAUUAUCAGUCAAUAAUUCUGGAGCCCACAGUAAACUUCCUAUUUCUAUGAAAUAAAUUCAACCAACUGAACAGACUUCACUUGUUUUUAUGGUUAAGGUCAUUUCCAUGGUAACUAGAGUUACAUAUAAUGGGACGUUGGCUUCAUUGUUAUGCUGGUAUUUUAUUACCAAGUGUCCCUGAAGGCAGAUUUUCACUUUAGUUAUUUAGUUUUUCAGAA